AUGGACAAGAAAAAUGCCAUUCGGAGAGGCAAAAGGCCAUCCAAAGUGCUCGAAGAAAAUUAUUGGGAUUGUAGCGUUUGUACAUACAGAAAUAACGCGGAGGCCUUCAAGUGUUCGAUGUGUGACGUUAGAAAAGGUACAUCAACCCGCAAGCCUCGCCUUAACCCGGCGCUAGUGGCUGCCCAAGCGGCGGGUACAGCUACCAGCUCACAGAAGAGACCCAGGUCUUCUUCCCUCAAGAAGAAGAGGAGGCCGCCACGAUUGAACAACGUGGAUAGAAGUUCCGCGCAAACCAGGGAGGUGACUGUGAGCGGGGUGACGGUCGUCAUAACUGAAUACAAGCCUAAGAAGUCUGUCACGAGCAGCUCCAGUGAUAUGGAGUCAUCUAACGACGCGCGACCUUGA